GACUGCACUCAGAUUUUCCUCACUCUUUCUCUUACGCUCGUCUCUCUUGCUCCUCCGUCACCGCUUUGCCAUCAACGCCCUACAACCAUCAUCUUUAUGCCCCUACCAAUCAGCAGAAAUCUCCCCACACUACUACAAACCUAAAUCCCCUACCAAUUUCAUCUGAAACUACCUAAAGUUGUUGCGAAGAGAUUUAUGGAUUUAACGAACGCAGGAGCUACGAAUUCUUGUUAUGAAAUCUGUUUGGUUAAUUUGAAUGGCUCGGUUCUGUUAACCGGUUAAAAAGGAUAGAAGUUGUUUCUAUUUAGCAACUUAGCAAUGAUGUUAGGUUUUUGCACAAAAGAAUGUCUAAAGGCUGAAGAGUGAAAAGUUGUUUCAUUCUCAUUUCACUGCAAAAUCUGCCACUUCUCAUUUCACUUUCAGGGUUCCAUUUCAAUUUAGAGGUUAAGAGUAACACUUCCUCUUCUACUUUCUGCCCUAGCGCUGCUUCUCAUUUCACUUUUAGGAUUCCAUUUCAAUUUCGAGGUUAAGAGUAACACUUCCUCUUCUACUUUCUGCCCUAGCGCUGCUGCGAACACUUCCUCUUCUGCUUUCUGCCCUAGCGCUGCGAACACUUGUGCUUUCUGCCCUAGCACUGCUGUCUGCCUCUCUCCGGCCGGCCCCCAUCUCCUCCACUCCUCCUCCUACUCUGUUUUGUUUUUAUAUUGUCAGAUUCAUCGGAUUCAAAGUCGGAUCGCAAGUUCGAUAAAAAGCUUCAAUUUUAUACCAGUACCCAAAUGGAUCCCGAAAUGGUUUUCGUCGAUAUCACUAGUUUUGCGAUGAAGUUAAACAAGUUUACUCAUUGGACUGUAGAUCCUAGAGUAAAAGAGGAAGUGGAAAAAACUUGUUUCAAAUAUUUUAUGAGAUUCCCCGAGGGUAAACUUAACAUGCCUAACAAAAUGAUCGCCGCUUUACUUCGCUUUUAUGAAAACGUCGAAGAACACUUUGUGUUUGGGGAUACUAAAAUUGAUCUUGGUCUUGAAGAUGUAAUGUAUAUCACAGGACUUCCAAUUGAUGGGAAACAAAUUUCAGGAAUUGAACCAAAGGAUCCUAUUGACACAAUAGUAAAUCAUUUGGCCGUAAGUCCAGUUGAAGCUAAUGAUUUGUUAUUGUAUCAUAAUGGAAAAAAGUCUCAUGAUAUAUGUUUAAAGAGUUUGGAAGAUAAAUUUAAAAAUAUUGCUGUUACUGAGGAGAAUGUAAAUUCACAUGUCAAGGCAUAUCUUUUAUUUUUAUUAGGAAAUCUUCUUUUUACCACUUCUUCUUUCGACAGUGUUUCUGCUAUUUAUUUACCCUUUCUUGAAGUACAUGAUAUUGACAGUUAUGCUUGGGGGGAAGCCGUGCUUGCUACCCUCAAGGUUUCAAUGAAUAAAGUACGACAGGGAAAUAAAACGUUGAACGGUUUUGCAUAUCUUCUGUUGGUAUUUGCAUUUGAACGAUUCAAAUGCCUUCGCAAGAUAUUUGAGUUGAAUAUACUACCGAGUCAAUUUCCUUUAAUGUUGGGGUGGGUGAAUCUAACAUUUAAGACUUUUAAGGUUAGAUCUUUAAUGCCUUCCAUGACAACUUGCUAUGAAAAGCUUCGGGAAAUGACGGAUGAAGAUGUGGAUUUGUUGCCUUAUAAGAGGGAUGGUCUAGAAGUUGAAUUGCCCGAUCAAUUCAAACGUCAAAGUUGGAUGGUAUAUGCGAAAGUAUAUACCAUCUGCUUUAAUAAUAUUGCAAAACAUCCAGUACAUAUUUGUUGGAAACAAUUGGGGUUGGAGCGGGGACAUGUGAGAAAAAGCUUUGGUAAUUUUAAAAGAAUCAACUUGCAGGAAAGAGGCCCGGAAAAAGAUAAAGAUUGGAGGAAGUUCAACCCUUUUUAUACGAAUUGCAAUACGCGGUGGACGAAAAGGAAUAUGUUCCUUAUCAAAAAGGAUGUUAUCGCGCAUGAGCCGCUAGUGAAUUAUGUGCAGAGGAAGAUGAUGAAAUCGAAACCGAAGAACCUACACAAGAGAACACCUCCCCAAUCUCCACUUCCCCUCCUAGGUGUAAUUUGGAAUCAGCUACACCUCAAGAUCCAUCCACCUCCAGCCUCCGAGUAUCUACACCUCAAGUUGCAUCCACCUCCAGGUUCCGAGCACCUACACCUCGAGAUGAAGUUCAGGUUCAUACCCUCUUCUCCAACCCGCCUGAAGCCUUAUCCAUCGAGAAGUAUUUGGAAGUCUUAUCCUUCCAGAUAUCUCCACAGCCUACGGAUGACGAUUUUGAUAACGAUCAUUUUAAGGAACAUGAUGAAGAUGAUGAGGGUGGAAAUCAUAAUGAUGAAGGUGAUGAGGGUAGAAAUCAUAAUGAUGAUGAAGAUGAUGAGGGUGGCAAUAAUAAUAAUAAUAAUAAUGCAAAUGUUGGGGAUGAUGAGGUUGGCAAUAAUAAUAUUGCAGAUGAUGGGGAUGAUGAGGUUGGCAAUAAUAAUAAUGCAGAUGAUGGGGAUGACAAUCAUAAUUAUGAUGAGGGUGAGCAUAAUAAUAAUGUGAAGAAUUAUAUACAUGGUGAACGUGAAGGAAUACUAAGACCAAAACCCCCUAAGCGUACAGUGUAUUCGCCGGACGAAGUAUUGCGUGUUAGAAACAGAAGAAAGCUUAGAAAGCCAAAGAACUAGUGACAACUUGGUUAAAAGUUUAUUUUCUCAUGUUUUGAAUAUUAGAAAUUAGACAAAUAAUACACUCCACCUUCAUUCCACUGUUGACAAUUGGUGUGCAGAUUGACAUUAACAAUGCCUUCUUGAAUGGAUCCCUUCAUGAAGAAAUUUAUAUGCAACAACCACCGGGCUUUGAACAUGACAAUAAGGAGCUUGUCUGCAAAUUAAAUAAAGCUCUGUAUGGCCUGAAACAGGCCCCAUGGUCAUGGUAUGAAAAGCUACAUCAAACAUUAUUUCACUUUGGUUUUGUGGCUAACAGGUUCUUCUUCUCUUCUUGUUCAUAAACUGAUUACACAACUGAAUCAACAAUUUGCUCUCAAGCAGCUUGGUAAACCUGAAUAUUUUCUUGGUCUGGAAGUUGCAUAUCAGGCUAAUGGUUCCAUCAUCUUGACUCAGACCAAGUAUAUAAGAGACUUACUCUCAAGAUUUCACAUGGAAGAAGCUAAUGGAGUGCCAUCUCCUAUGCUGAGUAACAGUAAGCUUAGUAAGUAUGGAACUGAUUACAUUGAAGACCCUCUGCAGUACAGGUCUGUGGUAGGUGCCUUAUAGUACAUCACCCUUACCAGACCUGACAUUGCAUACUGUGUAAAUAAAGCCUGUCAGUUUAUGUCCAACCCUUUGAAUACUCAUUGGAGCAUGGUAAGGAGGAUUCUCAGGUACUUGAGUGGUACCUCCAAGCUUGGUCUCUUACUGUCCCCUGCCAAUCCUAAUGUGGCUCUAUCUCUAAGAGCUUACAGUGAUUCUGAUUGGGCAAAUGAUCCAGAUGAUAGAAGAUCCACAUCUGGAACCUGCAUAUUCAUUGGUCCUAAUCUUAUUUCCUGGAGCUCUAAGAAACAGACUUUGGUUGCUAGAUCCAGUGCAGAGGCCGAAUACAGAGCAUUAGCACAUACAACCUCUGAACUUCUAUGGCUGGAAUCACUACUUGCUGAACUCAGAGUCAAAUAUUUCUCUCCUACUCUUCUUUGUAACAACUUAAGUGUUGUGCUAUUAUCUCAUAAUCCUAUUCUACAUGCUAGGACAAAACAUAUUGAAUUAGAUAUUCAUUUUGUCAGAGAAAGAGUCAUGGCUAAUAAACUCAAGAUCCAACAUGUUACUGCAUCAGCUCAACUAGCUGACAUUAUGAAAAAACCUCUUUCAAGUGCAAACUUUCAAGACUUAAGGAACAAGCUCAAAGUGGUUCUUCUUCCACCACAUUGAUCUUGAGGGGGAGUGUUAGAGCUAAGCUAGUCUUUAGGCACUUUGCUUACUUUCUGCUAUUACUAGCUUUCUGUUUUGACUGUUUCAUUAUGGUUGAGUGAGUUUGUUAGGUUUCUGUUAGACUAACUCAACUAUAUAUAAUUCUGUUGCAACUGUUUUCAUUCAUUCAAUAUAUUCAAUAAUACACAAA